CAUUUUACAGUAAAGUGAUCAAGGUGGUGAUAAGCAAGCAUCAACUUAAAUUCCGCACAAAGCAAGCUAUGAUGUGGAAAAGCUGUAACUGCUUGAUGUAUAGAGAAGUGGAUCGAGGCAGCAAAGGCAUCAGCUGAUUGUAGUCACGUGGCCGGUGUCGAAGGUCGAUGCAAUCACAAUGGAGCUGUCGGAGUAUGUGCAAAUGGGGCUUCAGUUCUUGGCGGAUCCUGAACAAUUUAACACAAAAAUGUUCUCAGUUUUUUUACGUAUCUCCUUUCAAAGCCUUGUAUCUCCUCACUGUGGUGCCGCGAUCUUAGAUGACCCCGAGUUAAAACAUGUUGACCCUACUUUGUUAAAACAUUGCCAUGUAGCUGCCACAACCUCAAUACUGGAGAUUUCAAAACACAAUGCAGACAAAUCAACACUUAGCACAUUUCUUGAAGAAUGUAAAUUUGAUGGGGAACGAAUAGACAUUUUUUACAGUGAAUACCAGAAAAACCAAACUAAAUUGGAAAACUUGCUAGGAAGCUUAGGAAGGUGUCCCCCGCAUAUAUGUGAUGGUUCUUGGCGACUAGAGUAUCAACUAAAGAACAGCCAUGUUCACAAGGUCAACCAGCCUGCAUAUCUGAUUACCUUGAAUGUAGAGAACAGGGGCUCAAGAUCCACAGGUGAUAUUAAUUUCACUUGUACAAUGGAGCAACUACAGGACCUGGUGGCGAAGAUGAAAGACGCAGCUAAAAGCCUCGAAAAAGCAACUCGAGUCUACGUUAUAUACAGAAUAAUGCAUCGGACAACGAGAAUAAAAAUCACUGAGCUGAACCCGCAUUUAAUGUGCGUGCUCUGUGGUGGAUACUUCAUAGAUGCAUCAACCAUAAUAGAAUGUCUGCACUCAUUUUGUAAAACCUGCAUUGUCCAGUAUUUGGAAACCAGCAAGUUCUGUCCUAUUUGUGAUGUCCAGGUUCAUAAAACUAAACCGCUUCAUAAUAUUAGGUCAGAUAAAACUCUCCAAGACAUUGUGUACAAGUUGGUUCCUGGUCUUUUCAAAAAUGAAAUGAAACGAAGGAGGGAUUUUUAUGCUGAUCACCCUUCAGCUGAUGUUGCAAAUGGAACUAAUGAAGACAGAGGAGAAGUUUCAGAUGAAGACAAAAGGAUUAUUACAGACGAUGAGAUCAUAAGUUUGUCCAUUGAGUUCUUUGAUCAAAAUAAGGAUGAAAACCAAGGGGAUGCCCAAAAAGAGAAAAUGGAGGAGGUGAAUAAGAGGUAUUUGCGAUGUCCUGCAGUAAUGACAGUGAUGCAUUUAAGAAAGUUUCUGAGGAGUAAGAUGGAUAUCCCUAAUACUUUUCAGAUUGAAGUCAUGUAUGAAGAGGAGCCAUUAAAAGAUUAUUACACACUCAUGGACAUUGCCUACAUUUAUACAUGGAGACGGAAUGGACCACUCGCUUUAAAAUACGGGGUCCGUCAAAGCUGUAAAAAGAUGAAGCUAAACCACCCGCAAGAUGGAUUAAACAGCACAGGCGCUGAACUGGAGAGUGACAGCGGGAGUGACAAGGCCAACAGCCCAGCUGGAGUGCCAUCCACCUCGUCGUCUUUGCCAAGCCCCAGCACCCCUGUUCAGUCUCCACAUCCACACUUUCCUCACAUCUCCAGCACCAUGAAUGGAACCUCCACCAACCCCAGCACCAAUCGCCAGCCACCUUUUUCCAAACCAGCUCGACAAACAUCCGUUAACGGAUGUUCAACAUCUUCAGGAUGAUCGUCCUGUGGACAGGACGACUUGGCUGAGAACACUUGAUCCCACAGAUCUUUCCAUGCCAUUGCAGCUCUAUAGUAGAAGCUUUUAUAUUUGUGACAGUUUCUAGUGGAAGAUGCAUACUGGAUACUAGCGUAUGGACAGUUCCAUAUUUGUACUUGCUGGGACUUCAAUUUUUUUUUUUUUUAUUACAGUAAAGGUGUUUUUGAAGACAUUUUAAGUUUUUGCAGAUGAUGAAAAUAUCAGAAAGUUUCUGAUUUUUAUUUGGAUAGACAUAUUUUAAUUUUUUUUUCUACUGGAAAAGGAGAAACCAUGGAAUAUCAUUUUGUACAAUGUGCUUUUUCCCCUGGUUGAACCACUUUUACCCACAUUUUGAUUUGCUUUAAUUGUUAAAUGUGUUUUGUUUCUAUAUUGUAAAACUGGGUCCAUGCUUUUCUGCAGAAUAAACCCCAUAAUGAGAAGCACGCAAGUGGACCUAGAAUAUUCUAUUCUAUGUAGUCAUGUCACUCUGGAACCAUUAAAUGGCUUGAAAAUCAUUCCCUGUAUCAUCAUUGGUGAA